GCAAGCUGCUGGCGGCCACAGCGGCACCCCACAGCCCAUGGAGCUCUCGACUGUUCUCCUGCUGCUAGGCCUCUGCUCCGCUGGCCUUGUCCUGGGCUCCGAACAUGAGACUCGUCUGGUGGCAAAGCUCUUUAAAGACUACAGCAGUGUGGUCCGGCCAGUGGAGGACCACCGUGAGAUUGUUCAGGUCACCGUGGGUCUACAGCUGAUCCAGCUUAUCAAUGUGGAUGAAGUAAAUCAGAUUGUGACAACAAACGUACGUCUGAAACAGCAAUGGGUCGAUUACAACUUGAAAUGGAAUCCAGAUGAGUAUGGAGGAGUGAAAAAAAUUCACAUCCCCUCGGAAAAGAUCUGGCGGCCGGACGUCGUUCUCUAUAACAAUGCAGACGGCGACUUUGCCAUUGUCAAAUUCACCAAGGUGCUCCUGGACUACACCGGCCACAUCACCUGGACACCACCAGCCAUCUUUAAAAGCUACUGUGAGAUCAUUGUCACUCACUUUCCCUUCGAUGAGCAGAACUGCAGCAUGAAGCUGGGCACCUGGACCUAUGACGGCUCUGUGGUGGCCAUCAACCCGGAAAGUGACCAGCCCGACCUUAGUAACUUCAUGGAGAGCGGGGAGUGGGUGAUCAAGGAAGCUCGGGGCUGGAAGCACUGGGUGUUUUACUCCUGCUGCCCCACCACUCCCUACCUGGACAUCACCUACCACUUCGUCAUGCAGCGCCUGCCCCUCUACUUCAUUGUCAACGUCAUCAUUCCCUGCCUGCUCUUCUCCUUCUUAACCAGCCUGGUGUUCUACCUGCCCACAGACUCAGGGGAGAAGAUGACGCUGAGCAUCUCUGUCUUACUGUCACUGACCGUGUUCCUUCUGGUCAUUGUGGAGCUGAUCCCUUCCACCUCCAGCGCUGUGCCCCUGAUCGGGAAGUACAUGUUGUUCACCAUGGUCUUUGUCAUUGCGUCCAUCAUCAUCACCGUCAUCGUCAUCAACACACACCACCGUUCGCCCAGCACCCACAUCAUGCCUGACUGGGUGCGGAAGGUUUUUAUCGACACUAUCCCAAACAUCAUGUUUUUCUCCACAAUGAAAAGACCAUCCAGAGAUAAACAAGAGAAAAGGAUUUUUACAGAAGACAUAGAUAUAUCUGACAUCUCUGGGAAGCCGGGGCCUCCACCUAUGGGCUUUCACUCUCCGCUGAUCAAGCACCCUGAGGUGAAAAGCGCCAUUGAGGGUGUGAAGUACAUUGCAGAGACCAUGAAGUCAGACCAGGAGUCCAAUAACGCGGCUGAGGAAUGGAAGUAUGUUGCCAUGGUGAUGGACCACAUCCUCCUUGGAGUCUUUAUGCUGGUGUGUCUCAUCGGGACGCUGGCUGUGUUUGCAGGUCGGCUCAUUGAGUUACAUCAACAAGGAUGAGCAGAAGCUGAGCUAAGCCUACCUCUGCCCCAGCCAGAUGGAAGAGAGGGAGCUCUGUCUCCUUGAAUGCUUUCACACUUACCAAACAUGCAGUGUUCUCCAUGUCCUGUUAAUGACAGUGAUCUCUGCUCACACUGCUAUAGCCUUGAAGUGUCUCCCCUUUGUUUCUGCUUUUAACACUACGGGUCUCCUUAAAGAGUGAACCCUUUGUAGUAAAUAAAAGUGAGUCCUCAGAAGAAGUGUUUGUUUCUAAAUGGCCCUUGGGAGAGUUGUGCUUGGAUACUCAAGGUUUUCUGUUUGUAUUGCUGUUGCUAAUUGUUUUUGUUUUCUUUCCUUUAAUAAAUAUAAUUGUACUU